AUGGCUAAAUUAACAACGAAAAAGCAAAAAGAUAUGAUUAGUAUUAGAGGCUUAAAAUUACAAAAAUCUAUUAGGCUCCUCAAGAUUCUCAAUGCUCCUAAGACAGGCAAAAUUUGCAAAAAACCACGAAACGAGAAAAAUGUCAUAAUGAACGAGUCUAUGAAAUCUGAUAUGAUGAUGGGUAAUUGUGCUGGAAAAGUAAGUAAAAGCAGCAAGAGAAGUAAAAGUAAAAGUCAAAAAGGUAGUGAAGAUAGCUCUGUGAAGAAAAGACGUCGUAGACGCAGAAAACCUCAACCUGGCGGUGCCUCUAAUGGAAAAAGGAGACGUAAAAGAAGAAGAGGUAAAAAAGGAGGUGACGAUAGUUCAGAUGAUUCUCAAGAUUCUGGGAAGAGCAAAAGAAGGAGAAGGAGGAGAAAGGGAAGGUCUUCUUCAAAAGGCAGAAAAUCUCGUAGAUCUCGUAGUGGAAGGAGAUCCAAAAGAGGUAGAAGCAGAAGAAGUAAGAGAAGCAAAAGUGCCAAAAAAGGAGACGCCGCUUCUCAACCAAGCCCCGCUAAAUGA